AUGAUAGGUCAGAUGGUGACAACGCGACUGUGGUUGCUGUCGUUGCUGGCGGUGGCGGCUAUGGCCGUUUCUUCUUUGUGUGCGUUGCAGGCCUGGCUUCACGUUCUUGUUGUCGAAAUUCUUCAAAAAGGUGUUCUGCGCCAUGGAGUUUGCCCCAACCAAUGUACUCCAAACGUUUACCAGGUGAUCAUGUGUUUUAAGAAUCUAAGCUACGUCUUCAAGCUGGAUUUGACGGUGGGGGAGUUCUUUUACUUCUUCGAAGUGAGGCACUACAAGAAGUAUGCCCAAGCUCGUGUAUGCAAAGCCAAGUUGUUUGACAAUCUCAGCCAAGGAGAUCAUGUGUGGCACGUCGAUGUUUUGGAGGUUAGCAGACGGUGGGAAGCCGAGGUUGACGAUGGUCCACUUGGUCCCCUCACUUACUGCGAUGGUACGUCAUACUCUAUUGAUAUGCUUCAAUUUUGA